AUAUAUUUAAUAAUUCUGGUACAGAUAGACCAAGUACUUACUACUACUGUAUGAAUAGCUGUAGCUCAGGAAAUAAAAGAAAAGUGAGUGUGUAAAGCAGGAAUCAAGGAAUCAAGAUCAUGCCUUUUUGUGUUCUUAAUUAAUUUUUAUGUUUCAACCAGAUAUAUAUACUUAAAAGUUAAAAAAACUCCUCUAAUCUCAAAAUUCCAUCUCAAUUUUCAUUCCGGGAGGUCUUCUUCAUCUUCUUCUGUCUUAUUGAAUUUUCUGGUGCUGUCUGAUUAUCUAAAGGUUAGUAUUUUUUUUGGUGAUUUUGUGUGUGAAUUUAGACAACACAUGUUUGAUCUAAUACUUGAUUUGUUGAAUAUUAGUUGUGGGAAUUAGAAGAAAUGGAUAUUCAAUUGAUGGAGAUUGGGGUGAAAUUUAGGGCAAUUAUGAUGUGGACAAGCAGAUGGUGUUUUAGAACAGCUUGUAAGAAUCCACUGUUUGUUGGAUUUUUGUGUUUCUUGAUGUGUCUGCAGAGGUUAUUCCCUUUUGUUUUUUCGUUGUUGGUGUCUGUUUCACCUGUUCUUGUCUGCACUGCUCUUCUUCUUGGAACCCUUUUGAGUUUGGGGCAACCAAACAACAUACCUGAGAUUGAGACAGAUGAGGAAGAAGAAGAAGAAGAAGCUGUUUUGAUUAAGACAGGGGAUGUUUCUGGACAUGUUGAGGUUUUAGGAUUGGAGAGGAGGGAUGAUGAUGAUGAUGAUCAUGAUGAGGUGGAAGGUUGUCGGGAUUUGUCGGGGGGCGAGGUUGUUCUUGAUGAUAAUGAUGAUACUGUUCCAUUGAUUGAUCGAGUGGCAAAGAGAUCGCCGGAGGUUGAGCUGGAUAAUAAUGGUGAUGGCAAUGUUGUUUGUGAUGAUGAUCAUAAUGUUGUAUUGAUCGAGGGAUUGGCCAAAAGAUUGCCGGAAGUUGAAUUGGAGGGAUUGGCAAAGAGAUCGCCGGAGGUUGAAUUGGAUGGCAAUGGCGAUGGUGUUUCUGGCGAUAUUUGUGAUGAUGGUAAUGUUGCAUUUGUCGAGAGAGUGGUGAAGAAAUCGCCGGAGGUUGAAUUGGAUGACAAUGGCGAUGUUUGUGAUGAUGGUAAUGUUCCAUUUGACGAGAGAAUGGCGAAGAGAUCGCCGGAGAUUGAGUUUGGUGGCAAUGGCGAUGGUGAAUUUGUUUCCGGGGUUGUUCGUGAUGAUGAUAAUGUUGCAUUAGUCGAGGGAGCGGCGAUAAAAUUGCCGGAGGUUGAGUUGGACGACGAUGGCGAUAGCGAUGUUUUUGGCGUUGCUUGUGACGAUGAUAAAGUUCCAUUGAUCGAGGGAGUGGCGAGGAGAUUACGGAAGAUCGAGUUGGACGAUGACGGCGACGAUCGAGGGUUGUUGGAGAAGGCGACGAUGCAUAGUGAUGGGGAGGUUGUCGAGAAUCUCUACGCCCCUAUCCCGGUGGCGGACGACGGGGGAAGUUCGUCGGACGACGACGACGACGACGACGAGGGUGGCUCGUUCGGGUCGGAGAAGGUAAACGUCGAUACUUUGGAUUCUCCUCCGCGAUCUCCAUGGACAUGUGCGGCGGCGAAUCUAGAAGAACAAGUGGUUCAGGGAGGACAUGACGACAGAAAUGAAGAUGACGACGACGGGGAUUCGGGGUCGGACCGAGCCGAGAGCUCCUCCCCGGACGCGUCGAUGACAGACAUCAUGCCGAUGCUCGACGAGCUCCAUCCACUUUUGGAUCGAGAGUCGCCUCGACCUGCUCGAGACGAUGAGUCUGAGUCUAAUGCUAGUACCCACGGUUCAGAUAGACACAAUUGCUUCGAGGAUGAGGAUUUGCACCACGAGAUCACGACGUCGGCGAUUACAUGGACCGACGAGGAUCAAAAGAAUCUCAUGAAUCUCGGAAGUUCGGAGAUCGAGAGGAAUCUACGGUUGGAGAGCCUAAUACUGAGGAGACGGUCGAGAAAGAGCGCGAACGUUCAACCUGAGAGGGACUUGAUCGAUUUAGAGAGUUUGGACUUUCCGUUUGGGAUUACGCCGAUUUCGACGAGACGGGAGAAUCCGUUCACUCAUGCUCAAGAAUCUCGAGACGAUUCGGGGUUGCCUCCGAUCCCGGGCUCGGCUCCUUCCAUCUUGUUGCCUAGACGGAAUCCUUUCGAUAUCCCUUAUGAUUCGAGCGAAGAGAAGCCGAAUCUUUCUGGAGAUGGAUUUCGGGACGAGUUUACGGUGCCUCGUUCCAUAGAGAUGUUUCGUAGGCACGAGAGCUUUAAUAUGAGGUCUACGGUUUUUGGGAAAGAAGAAAACGAGGAUGUUAGAAUGAGGCCGUACUUUGUCCCCGAACAGACAAUUUCGGAAGAGUCGAGCAGCUCUCGGUUCUUGAGGCAAUCGAGUGGACUUAGCGAGUCGAAGACAAGUUCUGUCCCGGAAACGGAGUCGAUUAGUUCAGUCGAGGAGCAGAAUCCGGUGGUGAAUGAAGAAUUCGAACGUCGGGUUCGAAACGAGAGCGGAUCUUCGGAUUACAAGAAGCUCAAAUUCGAAGAAGACAAGCUUAACUUUCGAUCGAGCGACAUAGAGAUUCCGGAGACUGAAUAUUGUCCGAAUUUGGGAAUUUUUGAUCGGAAUUACAGGAGCAGUUCGAGCUCGUCGUCGCUUUCUGAAGAGAGCGAACGGGUCUUCACUGAAAUCGAAAGCGGAGAGACAACGACGAUGCUCGAGGAAAGAAGAGAUGUUGUCGAUGACGAACCGGUCGUCGUCAAUACGGGUUCGGUUAACGAUGUUCAUCAUCGGGAACCUCUUUACGAUUCCAGCCCGCGAUUUGUUCAGACAAACGAUUCGUCGACAACGGUAUCUUUAGUCGCGACAGAAGCUGAAGGACACAGUCUCGAAACAGAGCCGAGUUCAGUAGAGGCAGUCGAUGUAAGAAAUCGAUACAAUGCAGGUGACGAUCUUCUGGAAAUCGAUCAGACAUCAACCGAGGAAAAUAUCGUCGAGAAUAUUCGCUCGUGCGAUGAAGGUUUCGACAAUAAGGCUUUACUAUUGUCUGAAAGCAAAGACGUUGCGAAACUGCAAGUUGUCGAUGCUGAUGUUAACUAUGAAGUCGAGGAGAAGUUCGUGUCUGAAGAAGACACAUCGAUCACUCACGACGAAGCACAGGAACUGAGCGUGCCAGCCAAGCCGUCGGACAAUGAUCUUGCUGAGCUGGAAUUAUUCAUACCGGAGAUCGGAGAGGUCGAUCCUGACAUCUUAUCGAAUAUCGAAUCAUCACAACGUCCCAACUUUACUUCUUUCAGUUCCGGAACCUUCGAAAUCGCGGGUUCUCGAUCUGAAUUACAGACAAUAGUUGAAGAGGUAGAUGAGAUUAAGGAAAUCGACGAAUGUCUGUUGUCCGAACUCGACUGUGUCGGAGACUUUAGUGUCGAUCGUUGGGGUAAGAUCGAGGGGAAUCCGGAUGAAGAAGAAAGAACGAUCGACGAUACUUUACACGCGAAGAUUUCUACCGUCGACGAAUGUUCGACGACGGAGGUCAAUGAAUUCGGCAGCCAUGAUUCUCCUGAUCAAGAAUCAUCAAAGGAAUUGGAAAUGCAAUCGACGGAAAUCGUCGAUUCGAUACCCGAUGAAGGUGAUUCGACAUCCCGGGAGAAUAAACUCUUUCCGGGUAUCGCUGAGUUGUCCAAUCGAGGCGAAUUCGAGCCACUAGAAAUUAAGAUGGUGGUCGACGAAACAACGAUUCACGAUCCGGGAUAUGGAAUUCUACACAAGAAUCUCGAGAUCGAUACAGUCGAAGAUUCUAUGAAUGAUGACAAAUCGAAUAAGGAUAACGACAAGAAUGUCGAGCUUCCGGUUUUAGUUGAUCAUACGUCGCAGAUGGUCGACACGGAAGAUGGAUACGAUGAUGUCUUAUUGGUGGAUGUUACGAGUGGAAAACCGAGCAUUGGAGUUGAAGACGAACCUCUGACCAACUCGGAGGAUUGGUUAACGUCGAAUGAUGGAUUGCCGGUGGAGCUCGAUGUAGGUUCUUCAAUGGCGAUUUCGAUCGUAAGAGUGACGAGCUAUGUUACGAGUGGAGAGUCGGGCUGUGAAGUCGAGCCAUGUAGCGAUUUCGAUUCGUCGAAGCCUAUUGAAGGAGAAGGUAAAAUCUCUAAAAGCUCGAGUUCAAGUUCAAGUUCGAGUUCGAGUUCUGAUUCAGAUGAAGAAUAGUAAUCCAAGAAAAGGUCAUGAAAGUUGAAAGAUUGUCUUCUUGAAUGCUACCCGGUGCGCACCGGGUAAACUUCCGGCCGAACCUAAUACCCUGCAAACCAAGUGCGACAAAAAAGUCACACUAGGCGAACCAUGUGUGACAGAUGGAUCUGAGUCGUCGGGGUUUUGAAGCUGUGACCGUGUUUUGUGUAUUUUUUGAGCAUAUGGUUGGUUUCUUCAAGAGUGAGUUUUCCAUUUUUCUUUCUAGAGGUUUGGCAAAUUUUGUGUCUACUCUGAGUUUUGUUGUUUUUGUAUGCUCUACUUUGGCUAUUGUGUUGAGACAAUUGCU